UGUUCGCGUGUUCACCUGCCUGUUUGUUCACGUGAUGCAGCCAGACUGCCUCUAACCAGCUGUCUCAGGCGGAGUCAGACAGAGACAACAACAGCGAGCAACGAGCGCCGCUGUCAUUUCAGGCAGGGCAACAGUCAUCUCCUGCCGUGCGUAGGGCCCGUCACGUGGGGGCGCCGCGUCUCGGUCUUCGUCACUCACGGUGCGGUGGAGGCAGAUAAACCUCCUCACAGCCAGAGAGGAACCUGGGGGAGCUCAAGCGAGGAUUUACAGGAGGAGAAGUGCAUCGCAUCAUCAUCAUCGUCAUUAUUAUGAAGAUCACCGGCAGACACUUGUUGUGCCUCUUCCUGCUCGUGCUCCCGCUGUCCUGGGCAGAGAACAUGAAGAAAGAUGUGAGGAAGAGUGACAAUGACACAGUUUGGAGCCAAGGAAAGAACAGACGAUUGUUUGCGAGACGAAAGAUUUCUCCACCACAGGAAAGUCACACUCCUAAGCACAAGUCAAACAUCAUGACCCCUGCACGUCGCUGCAGCCGUCUGAAUGAAAGCUGCAUCCCUCGCGUGCCGUGCUGCGACCCCUGCGCUUCCUGCCGCUGUCGACUCUUCAACACCAUCUGUCACUGCUGGAGGGUGAACCCUACAUGCCUGAGGAAGACGUAGACGAAGCACUGACACACACAUGCACAGACACAGACACAGCUCAGCAUCUGGACAUAUACAGUGAUAAGUCAUAACAAAUACACAAAGAAAUGCACAUACACUGCCUUCUGGCCUGUGGGUGAGGCUCAGAGAAUAUUAUUACAGAAAUAUUUGGAAAAUUGUGUGAACAUUAAAGUUCCGUUGUCUGUGGCUUCAACACUUAAGUGACGGGAAUGAAAGAAUGAAGCCUGUGUUUGUCUUCAGUCUUCUGAGAAAUAAGAAAAUACGCAUAUAAAUGUUUACAGAAUAUCCACCAACGUUCAGUAUGUAGGUGUAACAAAGGAUGAGCAGCAUACACUGAUCAGUGACAACAUUUAAACCACUGACAGGUGAAAUGAAUGACAUUUAUCAUGUUGCUACACUGCAAUGUUCUGCUGGGAAACCUUUAGUCCUCGCAUUCAUGUGGAGAUCAUUUGACAUGCACCACCCACAAAACACCGUUGCAGACACCACAGGACACCCAGAGGGCAUGUGUUUAUGCUUCCACAGGUCAGAGCCCAGUCUGAUCCACAAUGAGGCAUCUGACCAGUUGAGGCAUGGGCACAGGACCUCUUGGUGUGUCCUGUGGUGUUGGUGGCAGAUCUUCUGAGCACCAACAUGUCCCAUGGAUGCCUGAUCGGAUUAGGAUCUGGGGAAAUUCAAGGCCAGGUUGACGCCUUGAGGUCUUUGUUAUGUUCCAUGUGUCACUCCUGAGCAGCUGUUGUGGUUUGGCAUGGCGCGUUGUCGUGCUGGGAAGUCACGCCCAUCAGGGAGUUCCCUUGCCAUGAAGGGGGGGUACUUGGUCUGGAACAGUCAGUACGUUAGCAUGCAAGCUAUGGUUAUAGCUUGACUAGGCCGUUUAACUGCACUACUGUCCUUGUCUCAGUAUACAAGCACAGGAGGGGAAUCGAUUUAUUUACCAAAGUAUGUCCGACUCCGCUAUGAUAGGUGGCGAUAUGCCUCCUUUUAGCUUGUUAGUAUUUGACGUUUUUCCGGUUGACCUACUACGUCACAGACCAAACAAUAGGCAAAUAAGUUAGCUACAGUCAGCUAACGGCAAACUGGUACCAAGGCAGACAACUUUACAGCUCUGUACAUUUCAUCCAUCCUAAAAUGCACGGCUCUGGAUGUAGAUUUCACCAUGCUGUUACCGGCUUCUUCUUCUGUUAAAUGCGUUUAAUGCUAUUCAACUUCCGGGUGAAAGCCCAGGGCGGACACUGUGGAGCAUGCGCCUCAGCCAGUUUGUGUCCAAUUGACUGUAUACAUGUAGGAGGUAUUCUAAUCCCAUUCUUAUUAUCUGGGUGUGUUAAUCCACCUUUGAGAAGUUGAUUUAAUACAGUGUCAGUCAGACUAACAUGUUUACAUGUAUUUUAAAAGUCCGGUUUUAGUCGGACUAACACAAUAAAUGGAUUUUCUCUGUGUUAGGGUUGGUGGAGCGAGUCAAAUCGUGUGCACGUGAAUGCCAGGACUCAUGGUUUCCCAGUGGUUUUGAUAUUAUGUCUCAUUGGUGUAUGUUUUAUCACGUAUGUAUACAGUCAUGUGUAAACUGUGUUUUGUGCCUUGGGUAUUUCCUGCACUAUUGCUGCUCUGGAAUAUCCUCAUUACUUGUGCUUUAACACCAUGUUAAACAUGUGAGAACCCAUAAUAACCAGAUUUAGCCUACAUUAGAAUAUACAUUUCUAAAAAAUAUUCAUUUUUUAAAAAACUGACUACCCCACUGAAUCAAUGUGCAAAAAAUUAAGCAAAACCAUGUUUCGAGUCUUGAACAGUUAAAAAAAAAAGAAUUUUCUGUUUCUGUGUUAAAAAUAGGCAUUGUACAACAGAUACAUUUAGGUCCUUAAAUGUAGAAUCAUUAAUUAUUCACAUAUGGAUUCAUGAGUCAAAGUUGGUUUAUAUUUUUGCUAUUGAAUAAAUAUAUCAUAUGCCUA